GUAAAGCCCUAUCUCUCUCUCUCUCUCUCUCUCUUCCCGUCAAUAUCUUUCUCUCUUCGAUCGCCGAUCCAUAUGUCCAGCGCAGUGGAGAGAUAAAAAGAUUUAAUCUUUUUGCUCCCUUCUCCUCCUUAGACUUUAGUUCUUGUUGAGAUUCUGUAGCAGAAGCAACGUUUCUUGGAUUGUUGCAAUGAGGAAUACCGAGCGUUUUGCUAAUAUUGCCCUAGCAGGUUUGACUUUGGCACCGCUGGUUAUAAAGGUAGAUCCAAACUUAAAUGUAAUUUUGACUGCAUGCUUAACGGUUUACGUGGGUUGCUACCGCUCAGUAAAGUCAACUCCUCCUUCAGAAACAAUGUCUAAUGAACAUGCUAUGCGUUUCCCUUUAGUUGGGAGUGCGAUGCUUCUGUCGCUAUUCUUGCUGUUUAAGUUUCUGUCCAAGGAUUUGGUUAAUGCUGUUUUGACGUGCUACUUCUUUGUACUCGGCAUUGUUGCUCUCUCGGCAACACUGUUACCUGCAAUCAGACGUUUCUUGCCAAAGCAUUGGAAUGAAGACUCAAUUGUCUGGCGUUUCCCCUAUCUCCGUUCUUUGGAGGUUGAGUUCACAAGGUCUCAGAUUGUUGCAGCAAUCCCUGGAACUUUUUUCUGUGCCUGGUAUGCUUCACGGAAGCAUUGGCUGGCUAACAAUAUACUGGGUCUCUCAUUCUGCGUUCAGGGAAUUGAAAUGCUAUCACUUGGAUCCUUCAAGACUGGUGGCAUCCUUCUGGCUGGACUUUUUGUAUAUGAUAUUUUCUGGGUUUUCUUUACCCCAGUGAUGGUUAGCGUUGCCAAGUCUUUUGAUGCUCCUAUAAAGCUUUUAUUCCCAACAGCAGAUGCUACACGCCCAUAUUCGAUGCUUGGACUUGGGGACAUAGUUAUCCCAGGCAUUUUUGUAGCAUUGGCAUUGCGUUUUGAUGUCUCCAGGGGAAAAGCAAGCCAGUAUUUCACGAGUGCUUUUCUCGGAUACACAGUUGGUUUGGUCCUUACCAUUAUAGUCAUGAAUUGGUUCCAAGCUGCACAGCCUGCAUUACUAUAUAUAGUACCGGCUGUUAGUGGAUUUUUGGCAGCUCAUUGCAUGUGGAAUGGUGAUGUCAAACAGUUGUUGGAGUUUGACGAAUCCAGGACUAGUGGUGGUUCAUCACAAGAAGAGGAUGAUGUCAAGUUGAGCAAGAAAACGGAGUAAGGCAAAGAACUAAAACAUUACUAGUGGUCCAAAAAGCUAGAACAAACUACUUUGAUCAUAUUUUGGUGUGCAACUACUGCACCACCAUUUCUGUCGUUGCUGAGUUUUUGAAUUGAGAGUUGAUUACAUAUUAUUAGCGUUUAAUAACAAGAUUACAAAUUUAGAUUUAA